GCGACUAGUGGCAAUAUUGCACUAGACGAUCACAAUGGAAUUGUAAAUGGGUCAUACACUUUUUUGAAACAUUUUGAUAUUAAGUUGAAUGGCAAAAAAGUGUAUGAUUGUAAUGACGCGAAUCACGCGGUAAAUAUCAAGAACUUGCUUGAGUACAGUCCAUCUUACGCUGAACAAACCGCCAGCAAUGAGUUUUACUAUCUUGAUACAACAAGACACCCAGAGGAAACAAGAUUCACUAAAAGACAAGUAACUCAUAGAAGAAAUGCUGCCAAUAACGCCGAUGAGGCAGGAUUAAUGUUGGAUGCUGUAGUAGCUAAUUACAAUAACGGUUUUGCCCUUCGAACAGCACUCUUAGGUGCCUCAGCCAUAGUACAUACAGAAAUACCACUGAACAGAUACUCAUUCUUCGAAAUGCUAGAAAAUAAGCUGUUACCCAAUACAAGGGUUGAGAUUAAUUUUGAGAUUGAGUCCGAUGGUAAUCUAAUUUGGCAAGCAGGGGCUAAUUGCAGGGUGGUUAUAACCAGAAUGCAAUUGUAUGUUCCACGGAUAACCUUUAACAGUCAGGGCCAAUCAGCCUACAUGAGCCAAUACCUUAAACCACACAAAUGGACUUAUUUGAGAGAGAAUAUUGAAAGAUCAAAUAGUAGCCAGCAGAGAGCUGGGCAUUUUAGAAUCUCUUCUGGUAUUUCGAAACCAAGGCAUGUGUUUGUGUUCAUAAUCAAUGAUGCGAAUAUUGAUGCCCAGACAGUUAAUCCAUUCUUGUACAACACAUUCUCUGUCUCAACUGACGAAAGGACCUUAUCCAAUUGUCACCUGGAAGUUGGAAACGGUAACGAAUAUCCUGAAAUACAUUACACACCAUCUACUAAUAUGACUAGAGUCUUCAGGGAUGUGUUGAAAUAUGUCCAUAAAAAUAAUGAAUACGGUGAAGGGUCAUUACUCAAUAUAUCUAAUUUUAAAACGCUAUUCCCCUUCCUGUAUUUCGACCUAACAAAACAGAAAAUGGACACUAAGGAUGGCACUACAAAACUGACAUUCAAAUAUGAGCUAUCAGGAACAACAGCGGCGGCAGAUAGUAUUUACGCAUUAACAUUAUAUGAGCAGGAUGUUGAGCUAAUACAGAAGGAUGGUAAAAUAAUACUCAGAUCUUAAUUGAAUAGAAUUCAAAUUAUGUAACGUAUAUUAUAUACAAGUAAUGACAACCUAUCAUCCUUAUGGUGUUUCACUUAGCAAGGGGCAAUUGCGAAAAAUUGCUAUAGCUUACAAUAAGAAGUCGCCCAUAACAAUCAGACUAACGAAAAAUGAGUUAUCAGGUCCACAUGAAUUAAUGCUUACAAAAACUCAGAUCAAUAAACUGAAAAGAGCAAUAAGCAAUAAGACAGGAUCAGAUAUCAAAUUCUCAAAGCCACAAAUUAGAAACGCUGUUAAACAGGGUGGAAGUUUGUGGGGAUCAUUGAUAAAUUUGGGAAGCAGGUUGCUACCUAUGGCGAUGCCCCUAGCAAAAAAAGCUAUCGCCCCGCUUGCCACAGGAGCUUUAUCAGGAUUAGCCAGUCUUGGUGUAGAUAAAAUAUUUGGAAAAGGGCAACGAGGAGGUUUUCUUAUUCCACAAGAUAAAAUAAAUCAAUUGAUUGCGUACAAGCAUUUACUAUCCACAGGCCAGAAAAGGGAUAUUCUUAAUGCUCUCCAAACUGGCAAUGGAUUAGUUAUCAGACCAACACAAAAACAGAGCGGUGGAUUUCUUGGUACUCUACUAGCGAGUAUAGGAGUUCCUCUAUUACUAAAGGCAUUAACAGGAAAGGGGACUCAAGUCGACAAAACUGGUUCACCCGCUAAUACAACACCUGUUUAUGUUCCCGAUACAAUAACUGGCCACGGAAGGUAUAAUCCGUAUCCCUACAGGUCACCACCCUUUAAUGGAACAUGGGAAAAUCCCGUUGGUGCGGGAUUAAAAAACAAAAAAAAAAACAAAAAAAGAGCACAAAAAAAGGGAAAGGGACUGCUGCUCGGCAAAAACAGUCCAUUCAAUUCAAUCCCAAUUCUGGGAACAAUACUAUAA